CCUGCUGGGUAAAGCGCUGCUGGCCCGGCAGUAACAAGAUGGCUGCUCCGGGAGAAUACUUCACUGUCGGCAGCCAGGUUUCCUGCCUGACGUGCCUGGGCCAGCAGCUGCAUGGGGAGGUGGUCGCCUUCGAUUACCAAUCCAAGAUGUUAACUUUAAAAUGUCCCUCAUCCAGUGGGAAACCCAACCACAACGAUGUUCUACUGAUUAAUUUAGCAUAUGUUUCGGAUGUUAAAACAAUUAAUGAUCGGACAGAAACUCCACCCCCCUUAGCUUCACUGAAUGUUAACAAGCUUGCCAACCGAGCACGGACAGAGAAGGAAGAGAAAUUAAGCCAAGCAUAUGCAAUUAGUGCUGGAGUUUCUCCAGAAGGACAGCAGCUUUUUCAGACUAUCCAUAAGACCAUCAAGGACUGUAAAUGGCAAGAGAAGAGCAUAAUCGUCAUGGAAGAUGUUGUAAUUGUACCACCUUACCAGGUUGAGAAUUGUAGAGGCAAAGAGGGAAGCGCAUUAAGUCACGUACGCAAAAUAGUCGAGAAACAUUUUAGAGAUUUGGAAAAUCAGAAGUUAAUGCAGCAACGUUCACAAGCACAGCAAACACAGAAGGAAACUGCCUUGUCGUCCUGAGUGGCUUGGAUAGGUCCUUUGCAGAGCUUGAUUGGGGGAGGGGGGGGGAUUUUUUUUCCUGGGAAGGGGGUAGUCCACAUGUUUUCCAGGGAGAAUCUACAGUGAGCUGACAUUUCCACUUCCAGAAGAGAAUAGACUUUACAAAAAACAAAAGGCAACACUUAUUGUAACUUGACUAACUAUAAAUUACCUUUUUCCUUUGUUUGCUUUUUAAACAAUUUAAAGAAAAGUCAGAUAUUUUGUUAAUUUUAUUUUUUAAUGUGUUCAGUUGCUUUUUCAUUUUGUCCAUUACACUUUUUAGGUAGAUCCUAAACUGCUGUUUGUGACCUGCACAACUUUCCAAACAUUUGUUAAGAAUGAUAACAUUCAAAGGAAGGGGGGAAAAAAAAAAGCAAAGCAAGAAGGUAAUUUAAUGUGUUUAAGUGGUUGUCCCAUUUAGGAGAGAAUUCCUUUUUCGAGUCCGUUUUUUUUUCCAGAAACUUAUUCCCAGAGGAAUAAGUCCAGUUUUUUUUAAACGUCACAGAAAAGUCUUCCAGUGAAGAAUUGAGUAUCUGAUGAUGGAAGAUUUGGCUCAUUAGCUUAUAUCCUCUGACUGUGUACAGAAUCGGUUUGUCUUGCUAAGACAGUGCUUACGGAGAGUGUGGCCGUUUUAAAGGAUAUAACUGUUCAUGCAGUUUUGCAUGUGUCAUGUACUGUACACUUCAUUAAAUUGGAAGAAAAAGAUGGUUGCCUGGUCUUUGCAUAAUAAAAUUAGACAGUAACAGUCAUUUAAAAGUCCUUUUUAUAGGCUGGUGAAGAAUCUAUGAUAAUGUAUAUUUUUAUUCGCAGUCCCUGUCAGCACAACACUAUAAUAUAAAUUGGAGGAAUUUAAAAAAAAUUUUAAAGCUGAAUCUGUUAUUGUCUUAUUUUGAUUGAGAAAAUGAAAUUAAAGAAAGUAAGAAGAAA